AUGCAGCCUCUCACUCAGCCGUCAGCUCCAUUCCGCGAGAAAAAGUCAAAAAUCCUCGAGCAGCUCGCCGUUCCAGACACCGAAUACUCUGACGCAUCACCCAAAGGCUCCGUCGAUGAAGGGAUCCGGUACCUCAUUGAUGAAAUCAACAAUGCCGAGGGAUUUGUAACGACGAGUAGCUGCGCUGGCCGUGCAAGCGUCUUUCUUGAGGGCAGAAAAACCAAGUCUGGGGAUGGAGAGAAUGGCGAGGGUGAACAAGUUGCACGAAUAGGCGGCAAGGGGGCUGGAGGAACGUGGCUGUACGUCUCUCACGAUGCUCGGGCUGAUGGGGACGAGACACAUCUGGAUUGGAUGCAGAGCUUAGGGUUGUCGGAUUCGGUGGACAUGGUUGAGACUCUUGCGGAUGGAAGUGGUGAGAGAAGGCUCAUACACUUUAAGUUUGAGCCCAUGAUUCUCCAUGUUCUUACGGCAUCACUUGGUCACGCUCAGCUUCUCCUGCGUUGUGCCUUACAAGCCGGAUUCCGUGAGUCUGGCGCCAUCAACAUCACUUCUCACCCUAGCGAGCAAACCACGCCCAUGGUCGCCAUCCGCUCCAUGGGUCUAAGCCUCGAAUCCCUCGUGGGUUACCAGGACUCGGAGGGGCAACGCCAGCGGAUAGUCUCUGCUGGGUAUUUCAAGAUGCUUCUGCAGAUAUCCAACGAGCGGUUCGUGGAAAACACAAAACGCAUAGAAAGGUUCCGGUCAGCAUUCAACGAGGCCGUGCUGGAACCGAAGUCGUCAAGCAUCCCUAAGAAAUUGAACCCCGAGGGCAAGGAAUGGGAAGAUGCUGCUGCCAGGCGCGAAAGGUUGCGAGUGGAAGGGCUGAAAAGGAAAGCAGCUCUCCAGGCCGACAAGGCUGAUGCACCAUCACAAGACAUAGACGUUGAAUUGCAAAUGGAUUCUCCCUUUUAG